AAAUGAACAAGUCUGAUACUAUUCACAAUUAAGAGAACAUUGAUCCAAAUAUUGUUAGAAAUUCUGUUUCUCAAUAAAAAAAAAUCCCAAGAAGUUCAGGUCAAAAAACACCAUGGAGUGCAAUGUACUUAUUCUCUUUAAAUUUUGAAUAGCACCGGAGAAAUAAGCCACUCAACCAAUGACGAUAUUGAGAUAUCUUGUUUCUAAGUAGGACCCACAAAAAUGUCCUCACUUUCAACCAAUUAAGCAGUUAUUUGUGAAACGAGAUUAGAAUAAUAUUUGACUUCAAAUAAUGUUCCUGAUAUCCUAUCAUACUUAGAUGAAUUUGAGGAUCUUGAUUGGGUUAAAUCAAAUUCUAUUAUUCAUACAAUUGAAUUGAUUGUAAAGCAAGAUAGAGUGUAUUUAAAAUAGAGAAUUGUUGGAUUAACUGCAAUAUUGACAAGCAAAAAUUAUUUACUGAAUAGAUAAAUCAUCAAAAUGAUAUUUAGUGUGUCAUCUAGGAUUGGUUCCCAAGAAGGUUUCUAUGCUUUACAUGAAAUCUAACAUCUUUUGGAAACAAUGAUUUUCAAGGCGGAAUUAGCGUAAUACAAUUAGAUUCAAUAUUAUCCUCUUAUUGUUUAUUGUCAUACCCAUCAAUUAUUGCAUUGGGGAUUGGUUGGAGAAUGUUGGGAAUUAUUAAAAUCGAAAUUAAAUAGAUAAAUUGAUGAGUCAAUCAAGGAUGAAUUUGAAAAAACAGCUCAAAAAAUCUGUGAUAUGCUUCUAAGAUAAUUAAUUGAAUUAAGUAGUUCCAAUGCUUAAUGGUAUCAAUUUUUCAAUGAAGUGUUAUAUGAAGGUGUGAUCAAUUUGCAUCCAACUGAUAUAUUCUUUAAUAAACUAAUUGAUUAUGCUUUCAGAAAGUCUUAAGUUGAGAUGGCAGAAUAUCUAUUGGUAUUCAUGAGAGAUUAAGCGAAAAUUCAACCUACGAUUGUUACAAUAAACACGAUGAUCGAUUAAUACUUUAAAAACAAUAAAAAGGAAAAAGCUUGGAAGACUUUCGAAAAUCUUAAAUUGACCUAAACAAAGCCAGAUAAUUUUACUUAUACAACUCUUAUUAAUGGCUUAAAAAAUUCAGAUAAUAUGGAUUUGAAAUUGGCAUUUUAGUUAUUUGAUGAAUAUAAAUAAAUUAAUCAGCCAGAUCAAAUCAUUUAUAAUUGUCUUCUAGAUGCAUGUAUAAAUGCAGGAGACUUGAAUCGAGGUUUCUAAUUGCUAAAUGAGAUGAAAUAAUCCUAGACCAUUUAAUUAGAUGAGAUUACCUAUAAUACAUUGAUAAAAGGAUGUGGAAGAAAGAAGAGAUUGAAUGAUGCUAUAAAUUUGUUUGAAGAAAUGAAAUAAAUAGGCAUCAAACCAAAUAGAAUCAGUUUCAAUUCAUUACUUGAUUCUUGUGUUAAGUGUAAUAAAAUGAAUAUUGCUUGGAGAUAUUUUGAAGAAAUGAGAAAGUAAUAUGGCAUAUUCCCUGAUAAUUUUACUUAUAGUAUCUUAGUGAAUGGAAUUAAAACCAAUCACUCAAAUAGGGAUGAACUAUUGAGAGCAAUAACUCUAUUGGAAUAGAUUCAAGAGACUGGGUAAUUCAAACCAGAUGAAAUACUUUAUAAUUCAUUAAUUGAUGCUUGCGUUAAAUUUAAUGAGAUCUAAAAAGGAAUGGAUUUAUUUAGAGAAAUGAAAAAUAAAUAAAUUGAUCCAUCAUCUGUCACUUAUGGAAUCUUAAUUAAAGCAUAUGGGAAAAUGAAUGAUUUGAAUGGAGCAUUUAGAAUGUUUGAAGAAAUGAAAUAAAAAAAGAUUCCAAUUAACGAUGUCACUUAUGGAUGUUUAGUAGAUGCAUGUGUUAGGAAUGAUAGAUUAGAUCAGGCAUUGCAAUUCAUUGAUCAGAUGAAAGCAUAAAACCUUCCAAUCAACACAGUUCUCUAUACAACCAUCAUUAAAGGAUGUUGUAAAUAAAAUUAAAUUGACGAAGCUCUCAAAUAUUUUAAUCUUAUGAAAUAAUCACCUAAAACAUAUCCAAAUCUCAUAACUUAUAAUUCAUUUUUAGAUGGAAUGGUAAAGAAUGGAUAACUCAAUUAAGCGGAUAAAUUAUUUUAAGAAUUAGUUGAAUCUACAAUCAAACCAGAUCUCAUUACUUUUAGUACAUUAUUAAAGGGACAUUGCAGAAAAGGCAAUAUGAAAAGGCUCAAUGAGACAGUUUAAAUCAUGGCAACUUUUCAAAUUAAUCCUGAUGAAUCCUUGUUACAACUCAUUUUGGAAUCCUGUCUAAAUCAAUAAUAGUAUCACAUCGGAGUUCAAAUAUUUGAUCAAUUCUGUCAUUCAAUUCCUUAAUCCAUUCAAUUGUUAUUGACAAUAAUCAGACUUUAUAGUUUAGAUAAACAACUACUCCAGGCAAUUCCAUUAUUGAAUAGAUUAUAUCAAUUAAUGGAUGAAAAUAGAAUUUAACAUUAAACCUUAGAAUAAACAAUUAACUCCUUAUUAUAAUAUGAAUUGAAUGAAUAAGUUUAUCCAAUAGUUACCAAUAUUGUAAUAAUGGGUUUAAAAAUGGAUUUUAACAUUUCCAAUUUGGAUACGUUAUUAUCUAUUUAAAAUUCUUAAUUAAUGACUUUGUUAUAAAAUACAGUUCAAUUACCAUGCAAUAGGCUAUUAAAGAUUUUACCAGAAUUAUCAAAUGAGGAUUAGAAUAUAUGCAGAUAAUAUAUAAAGAAAAAUAGCAAGAAUGACCUAAAGGAACCCUUAAACGAAUAAUUUGGGUAGGUAUUUUUAUAAUGCAACAAUAACUAAAAGAAGAGUAAAAUUUAAGAAAGAUCUUCUCCAUUUAAUAAUGAAAACAAGGAGAAUGUUUAUUAUCCAAAGCGUUAUUAAAACAAUUAUUCAAAGAAUGAUUUGGAUGAUUUCAUGCCAAAUAAGCAAUAUGCAAAGAGAAGAUGA